AUGACCUCUAUACAAUGGAAGCGAAGCUCAUCUGGUGAAAAGAUCUCAUUGGCAAUUGCCAAAGCUAAGUAUGGAAGUCAAACCUUACUCUCUUAUAAUGCUAUUUCUGAAAUAAAGAAGAGAUGUGCUUGGAGAUGGACAAUGCUAAGAAGUUUGAACAACCAUAGUUCUCAUUGCUGCUCCACUAAUCAUCAAGGUCCCGGACCUGGGAGAUCCUCUGGAAAUGUGUUCCUGGUCCAAGGUGGAGAGGGGGAUUUGCUCGGAGUAGUACCAAUGAUACUAUUUGGCUUUAGCUCCUAUGGAUGGACAGGAAGAGGUUGUAGCUGGAUAAGUGAUUCAGGUGAAGAAUUGUGCAUAGUCUUUAGCAAGUUCAUUGGUUUUGUCAUUUGUGACAAAAGCAAAACAAAAGCAGGAUGA